UCUGCGCUCGAUGGCGCAGAAGCGCACUCGAAGUACGACGUACGUCAUUUCGAGAAUAUCAAUCCUGUCCAAGUGGUAUUCUCAGAGUCCGUUUGCGUGCGGAGCUGUCACUUUCUCACGGGGAUAUGGCGGCGCACUGACAUGGAAGGUGUGUUGCACUGUGCUGUGGUUACCUUGCCCUCACAGUGUGUCACUGACAAACCUCCUGUGUUCCUUCAGGAAAUCAGCGUCUCACCAACUGAGAUAUGAUCACACAGUCUAAUUAGACUGCAGCUGCACGGCAACAAAUAUAGAGUCGAGUGAGGAGUGUAAUGGCCUGAGGGGGCUCCCCCCGGUCUUACCUGCCUUUGCCAGGUCCAACCUGCCGACACUGUGUGCACAGCCACUGCAACCAACCACUGCGAUGGGGGACGGACUGGAGGCCGGCAGCAGCCAGAACCCACCCUCCGCCCCGCCGCCUCUUCCCUUCAACCCUCCACCUCCUGAAACAUGGAACCCCUCUAGACCCAAACGACAGACAAACCAACUACAGUACCUUUCAAAAGUGGUGUUAAAGACAUUAUGGAAGCACCACUUUGCAUGGCCCUUUCAAGCUCCCGUAGAUGCCAUCAAGCUCAAUUUGCCUGACUACUACAAGAUCAUCAAGACUCCUAUGGACAUGGGCACCAUAAAAAAGCGCCUGGAGAACAACUACUACUGGAAUGCCCAGGAGUGUAUCCAGGACUUUAACACAAUGUUCACCAACUGCUACAUCUACAACAAGUCUGGGGAUGAUAUAGUCCUAAUGGCAGAGGCCUUGGAAAAGCUCUUUCUCCAGAAGAUCACAGAAAUGCCGCAGGAGGAGACAGAGAUUGCUGUGCUUGCCAAGGGACGGCGUGGUGGCAGACGAGAGUCAGCUUUGAUUGCGUCAGACUCAGGGCAAGACUCGUCGUCCCCCUCCACUACACCACAUACACGCGGCUUCUCAUCCCCAUCAACCACCCCACAGACGCGCGCUACACCUGUUCCUCAAGCCUCUCCUGCUCUAACCCUUCCUCUGCCGCUGCCGCUGCCCCUUCCUCUGCCCCUGCCCCUGUCCCUACCCCUGACUCAGCCCCAGCCUCUCCCACGUGUGCCUCCUACACCCACCUCCCACACACCUCAUCUGGGAUCUCCAUACCCCCUCUCUACUCCAGAUGUCCUGACCCAAAGCAUGACCUCAGUCCCUAUGCUUCCGGGUCUCCAUCCCGCCCCAAUGCUGCAGAGCUCUCCUGCCCUCGUUAAGCAAAGGAAAAGCCAGAAGAGAAAAGCAGACACCACAACACCGACAGCCAACGAUCAGCUUAGUGAAUCGUCUCCCGUCUCAGCCGAGGCCCGACCACGACGAGAAAAUCGCCCCUUAAAGCAACCCAAAAGAGAUGCAUCACAGCCGGACUCUCAGCAUCAAAUGGGAGGUGGUCUGGAGAUGGCAGGGGGGUCGACUCCGAAACGCCAGGAGCAGUUGCGUUUCUGUGCACGGCUCGUCAAAGAGAUGCUGUCCAAGAAGCACGUAGCAUAUGCCUGGCCUUUUUACAAGCCCGUUGAUGCAAAAUCGCUGGGCCUCCAUGACUACCAUGACAUCAUCAAACACCCGAUGGAUCUCAGCACCAUCAAGAAAAAGCUGGACAGCAGACAGUACAGAGACGCUGAGGAGUUAGCAGCAGAUGUCAGGUUGAUGUUUUCCAACUGCUACAAGUACAAUCCUCCAGACCAUGAUGUGGUUGCCAUGGCGCGCAAAUUGCAGGAUGUAUUUGAGAUGCGUUUUGCCAAAAUGCCUGAUGAGCCAGAGGAGCUCACUCCUGUUCCUACCCCCUCCUUGGCCCCUCACCCUGCUCCAUCCACUCGUCAAGCUCCUCCUCCUCCUAUGGUCUCAGGCGACGAGAGCUCCAGUACAUCUGAAUCCGAGUCCUCAGGAGGAGACUCGGAGCAAGAAAGAAAACAGAGACUAGCUGAGUUACAGGAACAGCUUAAGGCUGUCCAUGAGCAGUUAGCAGCACUCUCUCAGCCACAGGCAAGCAAGCCCAAGAAGAAGGAGAAAAAGAAAGAAAAGCACAAGAAGAAGAUGGGAGCAGAGGAACUGGUGGAUGCUCCUCCCGCUGCAGUGCUUCAGACAUCUAAGAAAAUGAAGAGCAGCAAGGAGCAAGUCACUGGGAAAAAGGAGAGGAAAAAGCCUUGUAAGAAAGAAGGAGUAAAGAAUAGCCGCCCGGCGGUCACCCCUCAGCCUGGACCAACCCCUCUCGUGCCCUCAGCCUCUCUUGAAGCAGAGGAUGACAUGGAUGUAGCUGAGGACACAGACAAAUGCAAGCCCAUGUCCUAUGAGGAGAAACGACAGCUGAGUCUGGACAUUAACAAGUUGCCUGGCGACAAACUGGGCCGCGUGGUGCACAUAAUCCAAACUCGUGAGCCUUCGCUGAAGAACUCCAACCCAGAUGAAAUCGAGAUAGACUUUGAGACUUUGAAACCCUCCACACUGAGAGAGCUGGAAAAGUACGUCUCCAGCUGCCUCAGGAAGAAGAAAAGACUUUCAGUAGAGAGGACUCAGGAAAUGACAAAUGUGACAAAGAUGAGGACAGGAUCUUCAUCUUCAGGCAGCAGUGACUCCUCUGACAGUGAAGACUCUGAGAAUGGGCAGGUUCCCAAGCAGCAGAAGACCUUGACUAACAAAGACAACAAGAGACCGCACCACCAGCCGCUCGGUGGCUUGACUGGUCUCGGUGCUCCUCAGGCCCAGCCUCAAGUGGUCCAGUGUAAACCACCAUAUGUCCCCCCUGUCCCCGUUCCUGUCCCCGUGGCUGGUCCAGCUCUGGAAGCUUCACAUCUGUUGACGUCAGGAUUCGAUCCUUUGGCCCACUUCAUGAACCAACACCUGACACAGUCAAACACUGAAUCGAAUCCCAUCAUUGCUUCUACCGGUGCCCCUGUCGGCGCUGGCCUCCUCAACACAAACGCACCCAGCAGCCAGACACCCAGUGACACGCACGCUUUCCUUAACCCACAUCCAAUCAUCCCUUCACCAGCAAUUCACAAUGCUCUUCCCCAGCAACCAUCAAGACCUAGCAACCGUGCAGCACCGCUUCCUCCCAAACCUCUACAGCCUCCCCCAACCUCACUCCCCUCCCUGCCUCCCUCCUCCCCACCCCAGCUUCAGCCGUCGCUGCCGCUCACGGUUCCUCAGCCUGUUCCGCACCCUCGUGUCCCUUCACCACCAUCACACGGCAUCUUGGGUACCCUCUCGGCUCAACCUCCCCAAGCGUUGCUGGAGGACGAUGAGGAGCCGACGCCCAGCAAUUCUGAAACCCCGUCCCUUAGUCAGGUCCACACCUUCCUUCAGUCGAUCCAGCCUCGACCCACUGUGCAGACGCAGCCGCUGCACAUGCCCACGCAUUCGUCAGUGCAGGGCACCUCUCAGCUCAUCCCAUCAAUGCAUAUGCAGACUACUACAACAUCCAGCGCUGCUAUUACACAAAGGCACAGUUCAGGCCUUGCGCACCUGCAGCAGCCGUUUCCACUCAUGCACACGUCGACGUCACAGCAACAAAAGGGAGUGGCCCUGCAGCAGAAGGUACAGCAGUUGCAACAUCAGCAGCAUCCAUCACCACAAAGCAAAACAGAGCCUUUCUCAACAGGUUGCCUGCAGGACAGUCCCUCUCCUAUGAUGAUGCAUUCUCCUCAGAUGUCUCAGUUCCACUCAGUGGGACAACAGUCACCUUCUCAGACCAAGAAACACGAGCAAAGGUCCAACCUGGUCCCGAUCAAAGAAGACAAGCCUUCGCACUCGCCAGUUCUGCCGCCGUCACCUUUCAGCCCUGUCAUGCGUCAGGACACACACAAACCCGACAGCAAACACAAUCUGAAGCCACUAGAUGCUUCUCGGGCUGCUUCACGCCUCCCGGACUCCCUAGCUCCACCCUUCUUGCAGCAAGACAUCAAAAUCAAGCAGGAGCCCAAAACUCCCAUCACUCCCAAGAAGACACAGGAUGUGAAGUUAAAGAUCAUGGGCUCGUGGGCCAGCCUGGCUCAGAGGUCCCAGUCCACGCCAGCCUCCUCCGUACGCUCGUCUAGCGACAGCUUUGAACAAUUCAGACGGGCCGCUCGGGAAAAGGAGGAGAGAGAGAGGCAGCUGAAAGCACAAGCUGAACAGGCCAGGAGAGAGCAAGAAAAGCUACGUCGUGAUGACGAAGACACCUUGGAACAAACUCGUCGAGCGCAGGAAGAUGCCCGCCGUCGCCAGGAGCAACAGUCACCACUGGCUCCAACACCUCCCGCCUCCACUCCACCCAUGCAUUCUCCACAGGCUCCACCCCAACCGCCGCCAGCCCCGCCCCCUGCCCCUUCCGCUUCCCAGAAUGCUCUGGACCAGCAGAGGGAGAUGGCCCGGCGCCGAGAGCAGGAGAGGCGCAGGAGAGAGGUGAUGGCAGACACCAUUGACAUCAACUUUCAGAGCGACCUGAUGGCCAUCUUUGAAGAGAAUCUGUUUUGAGUGGGGGUGAAACAAGGACCUGUAGACACAAGCAAAGCCACAAAAUGCUUGUAGUGAUCGGAAAAACGUGGACACUGCUCACACAAAUGCACACACACACACACACUCACACUCAGUAGUAAUUGUCCCUUUGUCUCAGUAGUUGAAGCAGCUGGCUUGUGUCAUGUGAACGAGAGGUGGGAGGCGGAAGUGAAAGUGAAAUUCGUGACCCUCUCUUGCUCCAGCCACAGAUACGUUUUGGUGUCUGACUUGGUGUUUAUAGUUGUCGGUUCGCUAGGUUCAAAAUGAUCAGGUAGUCGGCUCCCUGAAGGCAAACGCGAAAGAUGGAACGAAACGCAUGGGACACGACUGACACAAGUAAAACAUGGCAGAUUUAAGAUAUUAAAUGAUGUGUGACCAGAGGAGCAGAUUUUUGAGGACCUAGUGAGCGAAUUACAGACAGAUCACAUUGUUCAUGUUGUUCCCGUGUCUGGUCUCUUUUAUUGUUUUGUUUUAGGGGGGGUCUGGCGUGGUCAUUUGUCAGGUUCAGCAGUCAUCUGAGAGCCGCUUGUUUUCUCAGGACACAGUAGGAACGUCACAGCCCGGCCACAUUCACACCCUUUUCUAAGACAUCCUUCCUCCUUCACUUCCUGCUACUUCUCUCUUUCUCCAGUCGCGAGUGAGGAGGUGGAGAGUCCAGUGAUACCGGGGCUGUAUACAGAGAGCAGGUGGCGAGAAAGGAGCGAUAGCGUGUCCUUUGCCUUAGUGCUCUGGCCUGUAAAAUAACUAUCAACACCCUACAAAUUAUACAUAUACAUAUAUAAAUAUAUAUAUAAAUAGAUACGUGAAUUUAUAUUCUAUACGACGAAAGUCAGAAAAAAAAACGAGAGGGAUUUGGAUUGCGGGGAGCAAAGCUCGUCUGUGUUCAUCUCUGAGCUCUGGUUAUGAUUUUGUAGAAUUUACUGUAAAGAAGAAAAAAACUUUUUUAAGAUUCUAUUGAGAGGAUUGUUUUCUCUGUCUUCAUCUCUCGCAUACCGUUUCUGUUCUGUUUUAUUCUCAACUCUAUGCCAAAACCAAUCUUAUGAUUGCUGACAGUUCAUCCACUUUUUUUUUACAUGUAAAAUGCAUUUUUGUUUCACUUUAUAUUAAAGGCAGUGUUUUUAUUGCUAUUUAAUUUUCCUUUAUCCCCUUUUAAACCUAAAAUUAUGCAGCGGUUUGCUCUGUAGUAGUUUGAAGAAGCAGUUCCAAAACCAUUGUAUGUCACUACUUCAUUAGGCCCCAGCAUCUCUGUAGUGGUUUAGUAUUUGCACUUAACUGACUUAACUUCACUACUUGUAUUUUCUCUGUUUAUCAUCAUGUCCUCCCUUCAUCUGCAUGUUUCUGGUCUUUCGUUGUAGUGUCACUUUCACUAUGAAAUGCACUUGUUUGUCACUCUGUUUGUUCUAUUUGUUCAUAGUAACAGUUUUGAGAUGUCGCGUGCCAUGUUGUUUUCUGAACGGGAUCUUGUCCCCGUUUCAUUAGGUUGGCCCGGAGAUCCAGAAGUGUUUUCAAUUCUGUAAUCAAUUUUUAAAAUGUUUUAUUAAUUUCUUUUCCCGUUUCAUAUUUGAUUGUUUUGAGUUUGUUAUCUUUCCCUUUGCUUUCUUUGAUUUAGUUUAGCCAGAACAACCUGUUGGUAUGUUGGUGAGUGAAGCAUUGAGGUCACUAGAUUCAUCCUGUUCAGAUUAUGGAGUAAAACAUCUUUUUUUAAGAAAAGUAUUAAAUAAUAUUUAAAAACA